GAGGCAACUUAGUUAAUUGAAAUGGCAGAGUACAGGCCGGAGACAGAUUUUUACUCUUCUGGUAUUAGUGGGGAUGUUUCUGAGAAGGCACAGAUGGCGGAAUUACAGACGAUGAUGGCUGUUGAACAGAAGAAAGCGCAGUUCAUGGCACAGGUCCAUAACUUCAUGGAUGUGUGUUGGGAUAAAUGUGUCGAUAAACCUGGCUCAAAACUUGACUCAAGGACUGAAAGCUGCCUUGUUAGCUGUGUGGACAGAUUUGUUGAUACAACCUUAAUUAUUACCAACAGAUUUGCUCAAAUGGUACAAAAAAAGCAGUCAUUAGUAUCCACAUGGGAGUGACCUGCAAAUUCAUCAGGCUGAAGAAAAACUGAAAAAGUUUGUGAGAUAGCUGACUGAAAGAAUAAAGAUAAUUAUUUCCAGGUUUAAACGUUCA